AUGAAAUACAAAGAUGGUAGACCAGGGAGAGGUUUAUGGAAAAUGUUGAAACAAUUUUUGAGGAAAAUUGGAAGGACGAUUGGAGUCAUAUUAUUCUACAUCUAUGUUAUCCCACCAGCUGUUUACGCAUUCUUCAUUAAAUGUAGGGAAAUCUCCACAACGUUAAGGGAAUUCGUCUUCAAUGAUUCUUACGUCCUGUAUAUCUCGGAUCCUUUCGAGACCAUGAAAGGUACCAUCACAUUGAUAGGGUUUAUGAUCAACAUAGCUUAUUUGUAUAACCUUCCAGGAAUGAAUUGGUGGUUAGAAGUUCAUCGUAUAGAGAAACAUAUAUUUUAUGAUCUAUUGUUAAAGGAAAAGGGAACAUGGAUCACGAUAAAAGUGAUGUUUGAGUAUUAUGAUACGUUGCAAUUAAAUAAGAUAUUUUGGAAGUCAUUGCGUCGUGG